AUAUGUGACCCUCUGCGCUACAGUGUGAAAAUGUCCAGGCGAGUCUGCAUCUGCUUGGCCACAUUUCCCUAUGUCUAUGGCUUCUCAGAUGGACUGUUCCAGGCUAUCCUGACCUUCCGCCUGAGCUUCUGUAAUUCCAAUGUCAUCAACCACUUCUACUGUGCUGACCCACCACUCAUUAAGCUUUCUUGCUCUGAUCCUUAUGUCAAAAAGCACGCGAUGCUGAUCUCGGCUGGCUUGAACCUCUCCAGCUCCCUCACCGUCAUCCUGGUGUCCUAUGCCUUCAUUAUUGCCACCAUCCUCCGGAUCAAAUCAGCAGAAGGAAGGCACAAGGCAUUCUCCACCUGUGGUUCCCAUAUGAUGGCUGUCACCCUGUUUUAUGGGACCCUCUUCUGCAUGUAUGUAAGACCAUCAACAGAUAAGACUGUUGAGGAAUCUAAAAUAAUAGCUGUGUUCUACACAUUUGUCAGUCCGGUACUUAAUCCAUUGAUCUACAGUCUGCGGAAUAAAGAUGUGAAGCAGGCCUUGAAGAAUGUCCUGAGACGAAAUAUGAUCAUGACCACGGCAAUAUCUUCACUUUCUAAUAAACCAUAA